AUGCGUUUACCAAAAAUUUCUUUGCCAACUUUUAACGGUGCGGUUAAGAAGUGGCCUGAGUUUAUUGCUACUUAUAAUGCGUUGAUUCAUGAAUCCACCUUGUUAAGCUAUAUCGAGAAAUAUCAUUAUCUGGUGUCAGUUUUGCGUGAUGAUGCCCUAUCGUUAAUUAAAACGUUUCCUGUCGCAAGUGAACAUUAUUUAAGUGCUUACAAAGCUUUAAAGUCCCGUUACGAGGAUAAACGCGAACUAGCAUUUACAUGCUGGCGCGAUAUUUUGAAUAUUAAUUUUAAAACUUCGAACGCUCAAGAUUUUCGACGCGCCUUAGACACGAUCGACGAGAACUUGACUAUUUUAAAAACGUUAAAUUUACCUACCGAUAAAUGGGAUUUUGUUCUUUGCUAUAAUGUUCUUGCCAAACUCGAUAAUAAAUUAAGACGCGAGUUUGAGGAAAAACACACAGAUAUCGAGCUUCCACAAUACAAUCUUUUAAGGGCGUUCUUACACUCGAAGGGCGAAGCCGCAAUUCGCGACACUCAUUUUGCGGCCGUAACCAAUAAAACCGCUAAUGUUUCAAAGGAGACACCGGGAACUUCACAGAAGUCACAGCGACAUAACGCUACUCAUUCUCUCGUCGCUCCCGCCGUCACUACAAAUAAUAAAGGUGCCGGUGACAAAGCAAAUCAAGCUAAAUCUGCUAAUUACUCAGGCACGUCACGGUUGAUUCGUAAAUGUGCCUACUGUCGUAACGAACAUCAUAUCUCAGCUUGCAAGGAUUAUCUGGCUAAAACCGUUGAUGAACGCAUGGCUGUUGCUAGCGAAAAGAAAUGGUGUUAUAAUUGUCUUAACGCUUCUCAUUCAGUGCGAGACUGCACAUCGAUAUUUUCAUGCCGUCAUUGCAAACGCAAACAUCACACAUUACUUCAUCGGGAGCAAGCGGCAAGUAAUUCCAGCUCCACUAACAAACCGCCUAGCUCAACGGCCUUAGUAGCUAAGGAUUCAUUGGCGCAGUCUGACUCAACUUUAAAUUCAACCGUUUUACUAGCAACUGCUCUUGUUCAGAUUUGUGAUGCUUCUGGUGAGUUUCAUUCAUUCCGUGCAUUAUUUGACACAGGUAGUCAAAAUAAUUUCCUUACAGCUCGUGCUGCUCAACAGUUAGGGUUGGAAACUAAAAGUGGCAACAUCAACGUUUAUGGGUUAGGAGGCUCACCUGCUUCAAUCAGUGGCGUGGUGGAGUGCGAUAUUGGUACCAACCAUGACAUAAAAUUUCGUCUCGAAAUGUUCGUUAUAUCGAGCAUUUGCGGAGAUCAACCGAUAGCAAGGCUAAAUACGACGGGAUGGGAUGGUGUCAAGACAUUACCGUUAGCAGAUCCUGGUUUUGACAUUCCUGGUCCGAUCGACGUCUUAUUAGGUGCCGACGUCUUUGCCGAGUCGCUCCUUGAGCAACGACUGAAAGGCGGUGCCUGUCAACCGCGUGCUUUCAACUCAGUUUUCGGCUGGCUUCUACUUGGGAAGUCCAGACUUGCAUCGUCUAGUCUACUUGGAGUAGCACCUCCUAUUGUAGACAAUAGUUUAAACACAAUCGUUCAACGUUUCUGGGAAAUCGAUAACGUUCCACAUUCUUCCCGAUUAACCCCAGAAGAUCAACUCUGUGAAAACAGUUUUCUUAACAAUCACUACCGUGACGAGACAGGAAGGUAUGUCGUGUGCCUCCCCUUCAGGGACAAUGACGAGCCCGUCUUUGAAGGCUCUCGAGUGAUAGCCUUACGACGCUUUCAUGCCAUUGAAAGGCGUCUCUCUCGUGAUCAUAACUUGAAACAACAAUAUGUUGAAUUCAUGACCGACUAUAUCGAAAGGGGCCAUAUGACUUUGGUUCCUACCAAGCAAAUGGGUCUAGGUAAAUACUAUAUACCGCAUCAUUGUGUGCUGCGUCCUGACAGCGCUACAACAAAGCUUCGUGUCGUAUUCGACGCCUCGGCUAAGGAUUCUAAUUCCAAAUCGUUAAACGACAUGUUGCUGACCGGAUCAAAACUGCAAUCGAAUAUCGUGGAGAUUCUUCUUCAUUUUCGUGAACACGAAGUUGUCUUCAUGGCAGAUGUGCGCCAAAUGUACCGUCAAAUCAACAUAGCGCCUCAUCAUCGUGAUUACCAACGUAUUCUCUGGCGAGCUCACGCAGAUGAGCCUCUUCAAGAGUAUAUGUUAAAUACCGUAACGUAUGGAGUAUCUUCCGCUCCAUUUCUCGCGUGCCGUUCCAUUCGGCAACUGGCCAACGAUGAAGGUCACAAGUAUCCAAAAGCAAAAAACAUUUUAACUUCCGAUAUAUAUAUUGAUGACGUCAUAUCCGGAAGUUCAACGCUAACGGAGGCCCGUGAAACCAAAAGGCAACUUAUCGCCCUUUUUGGUCUUGGUUCGUUUGAACUCCGAAAAUGGAUAAGUAAUCGACCUGAGCUUCUUAGCGAUUUGCCCGCAGAAGCGUGUCUUUCAGAAGCUUUCACUUUUACCGAAACUGAAGAUACCACGGUCAAGGUUCUGGGCCUUAAGUGGGAGCCUGCUUCAGAUUCAUUCGUUUUUAACGUGAAUUCAUCAUUUCUACCGUGUACCAAGCGAACGAUUCUUAGUAAGGUCGCCAGAAUUUUUGAUCCUCUCGGGUUCUUGUCCCCUUUGACAAUUAAGGUCAAAUGUUUACUUCAAAGGCUCUGGGUUCUUGGCCUUUCGUGGGAUGAAACGCCCUCACCGGAAAUCAUAGCCCAAUGGGAUGACUUCUCUUACCAACUUCCACAAGUUAGGGCUCUUAAGGUUCCACGUAAGUACGCUAUCGACGGCGCUCAAUCUUAUGAAAUACACGGAUUUUGUGACAGUUCAGAAGUAGCAUAUGGCGCUGUCAUAUAUCUGCGUGUUAUCGAGUCUGACGGCUCCAUUCGCGUUUUUCUCAUUUGUGCAAAGGCUCGUGUAGCUCCUCUAAAACGCCAAUCGAUACCUCGCUUGGAGCUUUGCGGCGCGAUGCUGCUCGCAGACCUUGUUAAAUUUGUCAAGGACUCGCUACGAAUUCCUAUCCACGACAUUUAUUUGUGGUGUGAUUCAACCGUUACCUUGGCCUGGUUGCGUGCUCCUUCUUCUCGCUGGGUAACAUUUGUCGCAAAUCGAGUAAGCUACAUUCAAGAUAUUGUUCCGACCGAGAAGUGGAGGCACGUACCUUCAGCCACAAAUCCCGCAGAUGUUUGUUCGCGUGGACAAUCGCCUCAGGAGUUGCUCCAUAACGCUCUAUGGUGGGCGGGGCCAGCGUGGUUGUCUCAACCACAAUCUGAGUGGCCCAUCGAUAACUCAAAAAAUCAUUUAAAUGAUAAUAUGGUUCUUGCUGAGCAACACGUCAUAUCAAUUUUACAAUCACGAAAUCAGCUGCCUCGCAUCUUUCGUAAACUAAGCCCCUUCUUGGACGAGCAGGGUAUACUCAGGGUGGGCGGACGCCUCGCGCGCUCCGGUCUUGAGUUCGAACAUAAGCAUCCCGCAUUGUUGCCCAAGAAAAGUGCGCUUACAUCAGCUCCAAUAGGAACGCGCGGUUCGCCGCCGCGCAUGCGCAAUGCUGCCGGCGCAACAAAACGCCAUAGCGGCGGCAAGGGGAGAUUCUUUUUCGUUACCGGCUCUUAG